UGUGGAAAUUAUAAGGAUGAAAUGGAGAAAUUUCAUGAGUAAUCAAGUUUAACAAAUACUAAUUAAAUUGUAUAUGAUCCAUAAUACAAGAAAAACAAUGUUAACCAAAUAAAGAGAAAACUAAUUUAAACAAUGGAAAGAAGAAGAAAAAAACAAGAUGAGAGAAACAAGUGGUUCCAGGCUUGCAAAUCUAAACUUCCAGAAAGGAAUCCUUCACCAAAAGUCUUUUGGGGUUUGCUUCUUUUCUUAUCCUUUCUCUUACCCUUCAUUACAUAUAUACUCUAUUUACAAUACAAGAGUUUUGUGCGUAUAAACAGACAACCACAAAAUAUAUAUAUAUAUAGAGAGAGAUACUCAGACAUAUAAACCAAACAUACCAAACAAUACUUCUCUCCAUAUAUACAUAUCUCUCUUGUAUUCUUGAAACAGCCAAAUUAAAAGCGGAGGAUCAUGACAAGUGUUCAUGAGGAGACGCGUCUAGUACUCCUCAUCAAGGGCAAACGUACCAAACGUCAGCGAUCUGCGUCCCCUCAUAUCAAGGCAGAAGUAAUGUCCAGUGUUUGCAACGAGGAACGAUCACUGGAGGCAAGAGAAGAAGGAGCUGGUGAAAUCGAAUUCCGGGGAGCUACGGACGAAGACCAAGACAUGGCGAAUUGUCUAAUGUUGUUGUCGCAAGGACAUAAAUCAAACACUAGUGGAGAUCCUUUGUUGACGCAGAAAAUUGGUUUCUUGAGCAACAAGAAACCGGUGGCCUCUCUAGGGUUAGGGAUAAACGGUGUUUACCAGUGCAAAACGUGUGAUAAAAGCUUCCACUCGUUUCAAGCGCUAGGAGGGCACAGGACUAGCCAUAAGAAGCCCAAACUCGGAGCAAUCGUUCUCAAAUGCGACGAGAAGAAAUCUGCGUCUGCGGUUAAAACAGUUGAAGCUGCGAGAGUUGUAGGAAGCUUUCUUUCUCUACAAGUAACUAGCAGUGACGGUAGCAAGAAACAGGAAAAAACACAUGAAUGUUCGAUCUGCAAGGCCGAGUUUUCUUCAGGACAAGCCUUAGGAGGACAUAUGAGGAGACAUAGAGGUUUAACAUUGAAUGCAAAUGCUAACUCAACAAUCAGAACAGCGACAUCAUCAAGUCAUAAUCAAGAAUCUAUACGGGAAAAUAACUUUAUGGAGUUAGAUCUGAAUCUUCCAGCGCCAGAAGAUGAACCCAAGUUCGUGUUUGCGUCCAAAGAUCAGAUUAUUCUCUUCACGGCUGCGUCCAAUUCUUUGAUUGAUUGUCAUCACUAAUUAAUAACUUCUUUAACCUUCAUAUGUAUUCAUAACUUCUUUAACCUUCAUAUGUAUUCUAAUUAAUAUUGAUCCUUGUAAUUUGACAUUGAUUGAGUUAACUUCAUCAUUGCUUCAUUUUAACAGUACUAUUCAUUGCUCCAUAUACUAUUUUGUUUAAUGUGGUGAUGUCAUCUUUAAAAGAGAAUUUCAUAAUUAGCACCAAAAGUAUAUCUGUAAUACUUAGCUUUGGGAGAAUGAUUAAAGAUGCCGAUGAGGUUGUUCCUUGAAGAGUGGAAGAAGCAUGUGACGAUGACUUUCAUAUAAAGUCACUUCGUUUGUUAGCCGCCACACUAACUCUGUAACUCCUUUCGGUGCACUUCACUUCCUUUUGCGGUUUUAGAGUGUUUCAACGUAGAAGGAACUUCAUCUCCAACUGAAAAAAAACACUUCAAAUACUAAACUAAAAUCAAUCAGAAGUCUUCAAUAAAAUAACAAAACAUGCGUAAUUUGAACUUACCGCAUUGAGAUUAUACCCUAUGUCCAACAUCAUUCAAGAGCAUCUGUCAAUACUACAACAUCUUCUAGAAAAAAGGAGCUACACUACGCAUAGUAUCAUUUAUGGUAUAUUGGCAUGCAUCUCUUAUACCGAUUGUUAUGUCUUUACACAGUCGUUAUACAGAUAACAUAUAUAUUUUCUUUUGUUAAAAUGACACAUUUGUAUGUGUUUCUCUUUUGGAAUCCAUGAACAUGACACGUAGAGAAAGUACAAAUUAACAUAAGCAAGUGAAUAUUCCUAACAUUUGGAAAGGAUUAAAAGAUUUGAUAAUAACAUUAUGUUUGGUAAUUUUUCAGAAAACGUCGGUGGACUUUUAAUUAAUGUAGUGGCUGUACUUUUCACAUUGUUAAUUGAUACAAACCGUCUAUGUUUGUAAUAAGACAAAACAUCGAGGCCAUGUUGUGUAAUUGACGACGAUUUCAAAGAUCAAUCGUUACAUGUGAAUUUGGGAUAAACUUCAAAACACAGUGUUCUCUAUUAUCUUGAAAAAUAAAGUCUUAUACGGCACAUAUAUUAUAUAUACAUCAUUUACGUAAAGAGGAGACACGUUCAAUGUUUGAAUUCGUAUAGAUUAUAGAUAAUGGAUAGCUAAAAGGAUUGAGACACUGAUAAUAAGUUUAUAUACAUGCGAUUAAUAAUAAUAUUUAUAAGAAUAAUUAUAUAUAUGGUGGAUAAAUAUGUAUAUAUUUGACUUAGUCUGGUACCAUGGAAUCAUGAACCUCUCUCCUCUCUCCGUUUUCUCUCCAAAAAACUUUUUACAGAGGUGACGUUGAGAGGGGUUCAUGAUUACGCCGGUUCCUUCUCUGCCUCUGAUUCCCGGUGAUCGGGUUUCGACUCUGGCAAGCGGCAGAUUCUUCAGCGACAACUUGACCGGCUUCUUUUUCAGCAGGCGAUGGCUCCUUCAGCGUUGCUUGGCUGGCUCUACCUCCGGCGUCACACCUUUCUUUCCGGUGCGGCGGUUGGCUUCUCAUGUGUCGCCCGUGCAUCCUAUUCCGGUAUGUUUCCGUGGAUACCGAUUUGACUUCCGACGACGACUUCAAUGGCGGUGUAAGGAGCUGAUGUAAUCCUCUCUCCGCGCGUUUCUCUUCUUCGUUUUCGUGAGUAGACGUGGUGUCGAUCAAGAUCAGUUGUUGGGCUCCCUUGUUGGGCUUUCUCGGCUGGAUUUUUGUUUUAUCCCUUUAAUUAUUUGUUAAUUUUGCCAUUUUAAUGGACUUUUUUGUAAAUUUGGCAUUUGUUAAUAAAAUACCAGUGGCAAAAAAAACAGAGGCUCUGGCAUGAUUAGAUA